CAAUGUCCGGCGUACUUUCUUGAGGCCUCGAUCCGUCAUGCUCUUCCUCACUCUCAUUUGGUCUCCAUACCUCCCGGUAGCGACAUUCUUCUUCUCGUUGAAUGAAUUGCAAGCGAUGGGUCACGGGAUCAUAGACUAUGUUCUUGGUUCGUCUUGGUCUCGGGGAAAGAAAAGGAUCGAGAAGAAGAUAUUUCGCAGCUCUAGCAAAAAAUUCUCGAGAUCUCGUCGAAGAUUCGCAAGCCUCGUACGCUCGCUCGCUGCGCCAUUGCCGAGCUCAAAGAUCUCUCCUCCAAGGCAAGUACGUUCACCGCCGGAUCAAUCAGGCAGGCCUCCAGAGAAAUUCCCAGCUGGGCAAUCUCCUCCUCCAAAUGUAUGGAAAAUGCGGGGAUUUAAGCAGCGCUCAAGAAGUCUUCGAUUCCAUCCCAGAAAAAACCACGCUCUCUUGGUCCCUGCUCGUCACCGCAUAUGCCCAGAAUGGGCAUACCACCGCGGCAUUGGGUCUCUACGACUCUAUGCAAAGCCACGGCCUUUUUCCAAGCGACUUUACCAUCUCGGUGGCCCUCAGUGCCUGUUCCAGCCUCAAGAGCUUCGAGCGAGGAGCGAGGAUCCAUCGCUGGGCUGACGAGCACGGCUAUGGCUCCAACCUUCUCGUCCAGAACGCGCUCGUCAACUUCUACGCAAAGUGCUCCAAGAUCCCAGAGGCAAUGAAACUGUUUGGCGAGAUGAACGAGCGAACGAGUGUCACCUGGAACGCAGUCAUCUCGGCUCACGCCCAGAACGAUCGCUGGCACGAAGCUCUCGAUCUCUAUCGCGAGAUGCUGGCCGAGGCUGUCGAGCCGAGUAGCGUCACCUUUGCUGUGGCUCUUAGCGCUUGCUCCAGCUUGGGAGCUAUGGAGGAAGGCCGGAGAAUCCACUCUCGGCUCUCACUGUGUGGAUUCCACCGCGCCACCAUCGCACAGAAUGGGCUCGUAAGUAUGUAUGCCAAGUGUGGCUGCCUGGACGAAGCUCGAGCUAUCUUCAAUGGAAUCCUGGAGCGAACGGUCGUCUCGUGGUCUGCCAUGAUCGGAGCUUACGCUCUCCAUGGCCGCGGCCAGGAAGCUCUCCUUCUCUUUCAUAGGAUGAGAAAAGAUGGAAUAGUGGAGCCGAAUGCCAUGACUUUCACUGGAGUUUUCAAUGCCUGUGGUGUGAUCGAGGAUCUGGAGCAAGGGAGAGAGAUUCACGCUCUCGCCAUGGCGAGCGGAGAGCUCAAAUCAUCCAACGCCAUCCUCGAGAACGCGCUGCUCAACAUGUACGUGAGGUGUGGCAGCCUGGAAGAAGCUCGCAAAGUCUUCGACGCGAUGGAUCAUCCGGACGCCUUCUCGUGGACGAACAUGAUCACCGCUUGCACGGAGAACUGCGAGCUUCUCGAGGCGUUGGAACUCUUCCACAGGAUGAACUUGGAAGGUAUCCCUCCAACCAGUGUCACGCUCGCCAGCGUCCUCAAUGCGUGUGCUUGUUCUGGAGCUCUCAAAGUUGGCAAACAAAUCCAUUCCCGCCUAGAUGCCAGCGGCUUCCACUCGAGCGUCCUCGCCCAGACCGCGCUGCUCGACAUGUAUGCUAAGUGUGGCUCGCUCGAAUGCUCCAGCAAAGUCUUCACCGCCAUGGAAACCAGGAACUCUGUAUCCUGGACUGCGAUGAUUGCUGCGCUUGCUCAGCACGGCCAGGGCGAUGAAGCUCUCGAGCUCUUCAAGGAGAUGAACUUGGAAGGCAUGGUGGCCGACGCCACCACUUUCAUCUGCGUUCUCCGCGCUUGCAGCCAUGCCGGGCUCAUCAAGGAGAGCCUCGAGUUCUUCCACAGCAUGGUGGAGGACUACGCCAUCGCUCCAACUGAGACGCACUACUGCCGAGCGCUGGACACGAUCGGCCGCGCGGGGCGCCUCCAGGACGCCGAGGAGCUGAUCCACAGCAUGCCUUUUCACCCCGAGACAGUGACAUGGAAGACGCUGCUCAACGCUUGUAGAAUCCAUAGCCAGGCCGAGCGAGCUACAAAGGUGGCGGAGCUCCUCGCGAAGCUCGCGCCCGAGGAUAGCAUGGCGUACACGCUGCUGGGAAACGUCUACGCCGCCACCGAGAGAUAUGGAGACCAAAUGAGAGUGAGGAAGAGCAUGACGGAUCGGGGCCUCAAGAAAGUACCCGGGAAGAGCUUCAUCGAGGUGAAGAACAAGGUCCAUGAGUUCGUCGCUGGCGAUCGAGCUCAUCCCAGCCGAGACGAGAUCUUGCUAGAGUUGGAGAAGCUCGGCGGAAGGAUGAGAGAAGCCGGGUACGUUCCAAACACGAAGGACGUCCUUCAUGCCGUGAACGAGGAGGAGAAAGAGCAGCUGAUUGGAUUGCACAGUGAGAAGCUGGCCAUUGCGUUUGGGUUGAUCGCCACACCACCUGGAACUCCUCUCUUGAUCGUCAAGAACCUCCGGGUUUGCUCGGAUUGUCACGCCGCCACCAAAGUUAUUGCAAAGAUCAUGAGGAGGAGGAUAGUUGUGCGAGACACUCACAGGUUCCAUCACUUUGAGGAUGGCCAGUGUUCUUGCAAGGAUUACUGGUGAUACAUUUUGUUUGUCGUCCAUGCAAUACGUAAAAACAAACAUGAAACUACUGGCUUAAGAAAGUGCAGGGAGGUUUUUUUUGCGACGCGUCGAGCACUGCACCAGCCAAGCUCAAAAAUGAAGAAAAUCAAGGACGUGGACCGAACCUGCGGGGGAAGCCCAUCAUGUCCACCUUUAGCUGCUAGUUCAGAAGGUCAAGAAGAAUGAAGUGGAUGAAUUCUUGUUA